AUGACAGAUGAGGCUAUGAAGCAGGAUGAUAGUGUUCCUAAUGAUGAAGGUGCUGAUGACUGGGACUUUAUGUGUCUGCCUAUUCCUGCGGAUGAAGACGGUAAAUUUUGUGGCAAGUUUGAGGAUGACGAUGAGGAAGAGGGAGAUGGCGAGACUGCGAACAAUGCUGGGAAGGAAAAUGAUGAAAAGCCUUUUUAA